AAUAAUCACUAUAUAAUCAACAGUGUUUUUAUGCGACAAUUGAUUGACAAUUGAAUUGAUGUAAUGAAUAUGGAAGUGGAGGAAGUGGUGAAGUGCGGCGCCCUAUACGUGCCCUCACAGGGCUUUCUCAGGCAAAAGAAAUCGUGGCAAAAGAAGUAUUAUGUGUUGUAUAAGAGUUCUCGACAGGGAAUACAACGUCUGGAAGUGUUUGACAGCGAAGACCAAUACGUAAAACAACAUAAUUGUCUGCGAAUAAUACCAUUGAGUGAUUGUGUGAAAGUGGCGCCUAUGCCUCAGAAACAACAACCAAAUGUAUUUGAA